AUGUACCUCCUCAAAGCUCUGAUUCUAAUGGCUGCAAUCGCGCCAAUAGCCAGCACAUCCUCAAUAUGGCGUCGAGCCGAUGCAGUGGUGCCAGUAUCACCAAGAGCAGGAGACACCAUUGUCACAAACACCAAUUGGGAUAUAUUAUGGACUUCGAAUGGAGACCGCAAUGUUACAAUUACUCUCCAGCAAGGAGAGGCACAGAACCUGACUCUAGCACACAUCAUUACUGCAUCCACUCCGAAUAAUGGCUCCUAUUCCUGGCGCGCGAGAGAUGACACCUACCUCCGUGCCCUAUUCCGCAGCAACGCUCCCACCAGCGGCUGCAACUACACCAUCGAGUUCCGCACGAACGGCCAAGCUUUCUACUCCGGUUUCUUCUCCAUUUUCAACGAACAAGACGGCGGCCUGACAGCGAACAUGUCUUGUGAUACAAGCAUUCAACCAGGUAAAAGUUCAGGGUCUGGGUCUGGGUCUGGGUCGGCGGCGAAGGCUAGCAGUGGUGGUGGAUACUCGACUGGUGCGCUUGCUGGGGGUAUUGCUGGCGCGGCGAUUGGUAUGGCAUUGUUGUUGGGAGCGCUCUUUUUUCUGGCACUGAAGAAAGAUUGGAUUGUGACGGGCAAGGAAUGUAGGAGGAGGGUUGAGCAACGUGGCAUGGCAGCCGAGGCAGGUCAAUUUUUGCCGAAGAAGGAGGAUCAUGAGCCGCACGUUGCACAAAUUGGGGGCGAGCCGGUUUAUCAAAUGCCGUAG